UCUACAGAGAGAGAGACACUAAAACGAUUGCUCCUGCUACAACCUUGAUGAAAAACCAUGGAAGAUAAUGUUCGAUACAUUGAUUAUCAGGACCGCUUCAUCCUAAAAUUCAGCUAUCACUUGGUCUACUGGGAUGAUAAAGAACAAAGUACCAUUGGGCCACUGCAGAGGGUCAAAGCUUUGGUCACCAACCUGUCACCAAUAGAAAAUGGACUUCUGAAUAGGGAAAAGGUGAACUUCAUAGCUGGGAGGAUCCCAACUUUCUACAGACACCUCACAGAUGCCCAAUACUACACGUUACAUGAUGAUGAAAUAGGUCUGAUCAAACCCAAACUAAGAGCCAUCCAUAAACCCUUUACACCAUCCCAAGGGGACACGGACGAGACAAAAAAGGAAUGGAAGCUCUACACAGGAUCAAACGGUCCGGUGUGCAGACCACAAAGGCCAAACACAACACAACCAGGGAGGGUUGGCCAAUCAGUGGCACCCCCACAUAUCCCUCCAGUGGCCCUGGAAAUGCCUUGGCACCCAGAGGGACCAGAGGACUUUGAGUAUGAGUUACCCCAGGAGACGGAGUACAACUACCAGGUGCUGCCCAGUGGGAUACGGAUUGACGAAAUUUUCUCCCUUGUUGGAAACACUGGCGGAGAAGAGAUCCCAGGGCUGUGGAAGCUGACGGCAUACAACCCUGAUAAGACUGUAUAUGUGUCUGCUGCUGUGAAAAUCCUUGAGAGGAAAGAGAAGCCAGUGGGACGUUCUUCUUCCCGCAUGCAGCAGCCUGCUACCCAUAGGAAAAGGCGACGGGAGGCCGAAGCCCAGGAUGAGGAUCAGAACAUCUACAAAAGAAGUCGCUUAUACAUUUAAAAUGAGGUCUGAAGUAAGACUUGCCAUAUGGACUGUAAUACUGAAUGUAUUUUACAUUUCUCAAUAACUAUGGGAAUUUUAUAAGAAUUGCAUUUUGUAAUAAAUAUUUUGUUUUUACAGUAAAAUUAUGAAU